AUGCUAAAGAAACUCAACCUGACGGAAGAGGAAGGGGAGUAUGUGGCCUUCAGCGAUGAUGAGGCUGACGGUGAGGAGACAGCAACCGAAUGGGCGCUGGUUGGGAAGGUGAUCUCCCCAGGCGCCUUGAACAAGAGCACGAUCAUGGGAGCUCUGAAGCCGGCAUGGGGGAACCCAUAUGGUUUGAAGCUCCGCUCGAUUGGUGAGAAGACUGCUAACCUGUUUGUAGCCGAAUUUGGCAGCAAGGAGGACAAGGACCGAAUCCUGGGCGCAUCGCCCUGGGUUUUCGGCAAGUACUCGGUGAUUCUACGUGAGUAUGAUCACAAGCUAAAGCCGUCGGAGAUUUGUUUCGACCGCAUGGAGAUCUGGGCAAGGCUCAUUGAUGUACCGUUGGGUUGGAUGAACCAGCAACGUGGAGCUCGUGCUAUGGGUCUUCUUGGAGAGGUCGUUAGGAUGGAUGUCGAUGGAGAAGGUAAAGCCAGUGGCCCUUUCCUCCGGGCUAGAGUGGCUAUUGAUAUCAGUAAACCCAUUAGAAGGGGUGCCCUAAUUAAGAGAAGCAAGAAUGAACCUCCGGAGUGGUUUGAUGCUCAAUACGAAAGGCUGCCGUAUUUCUGUCGUUCAUGUGGAGUGCUGGGUCAUUCUGACCUGGUGUGUGAGACGCCGGCUCCACGUGAUGCUGAAGGAAAGCUGCCCUAUGAUGUCAAGCUACGGGUAGAGGAUAAGAAGAAGAAGCUUCAGAGCUUUGCGGAAGCAGCUGCUGAGUCUUUGGGGAGUGCUGCAUCGUCGGGCUCCAAACAGUCAAGGGAGUCGGCUGAGAAACCUGAUGAUCGAAAGAAGGAUAACACGAGAGGUGCUGAUGAACAUGAGCUGGAGGGGGACGCCACUUCUCCACUCAAAACUAAAUCUGUGGCUAAUGAGAAAGGAAAAGACCCAUCGACACGUAUUACCCGUCCGUUGUUCCAGGCAAAGAAAGGCGAGGUACAAAAGACGGCCAGAAAGAGGAAAUCCAAGACUAACGGGCCGGCGAUCAACCCUGCUCCUGGCCUUAACCUGCCACCAGUGAAUAAUACAGCGCUAGUUCCGGCAGGAUUGGUGAAUGCGAGGGUCUCUCAGCUGGACCGGGGUGGUGGAGGGAAUGAGGAUGAUAUGGAGGAGAUGAUUAAGAAGCAGAGAAGGUCAUCUACCACAAACAUUGCGUCAUCGGCGGCGGCUGCGGAAGGCAGUCCCCGCCGGGCACAAUGA